AUGUCGGUUCCAGCUCUCAGUAAAGGUGAGGUGAGGAACCGGGCGCUGAUCGUGUCCGUGGAGAACUUCCAUCCUGGUGUAGGUCUGGCGAAACGUUUGGGUGCUGGGCGGGAUACGAAGCGUCUGCACCGGAUCCUCAGCCAGAGAGGGUUCCAGGUAACCAUCCUGAACGACCCAGACGCUCACGAGAUCCUCGAAGCAUUUGAAGCAGAGUGUGAGGCGUCUGUGGGCAGCUGUUUUGUGGCCGUGGUGUCCAGUCAUGGAGAAGAAGGACUGAUAUUUGGAGCAGAUGGGCAUCCAGUGAAACUUGCUGAUAUCUACACACUCUUCAGAGGAGCAACCAUGACUUCCAAACCCAAACUGUUCCUCAUCCAGGCGUGUCGGGGCAGUAAGUUGGAUGAAGGUGUGCAGGUUGAGGUCGACUCUGUAGACUUGUCUGAGGAGGCCACGAUUUUUGAGACACUCUACAUUCCACCUGAAACUGUGGUCGCUUACGCUACACCUCCAGGUUACAGUGCGUUCAUGCACCCCACUGGUUCUGUGUUUCUUCAGACCUUCUGUGAUCUGGUGGAGGACGGAACCGACUGGGAAAUCUCACGAUUACUGACUCGGCUGAACUGGCACGUGGCUCAUGAGUUCGAGGCGAGAGGAAAUGCCCUGCGGGGUAAAAAAGAAAUGCCCUGUUUCAUCAGCCGUCUCACCUCAGAAUUCUACCCCUUCACCAACUCCAUCCGAGUAUCACAACUACUGGGAUCCACACACGUCAGCUGCAGGAGCUCCAUACGCUAA